AUGUCGACUCUCAAUAUGUUGCCGGAGCAAUCCGCCUUUGGCCGCUCUGAUGCUGUCAAUCCUGGCCCCUCUCCGUUUGCUCAUCCGAAUUCCUUCUCCGGUGACUUCCUUGGACUCUCUCUCCCUGAGGAAGAGCACCUCUGGGGUAUGAGUCCAAUCUCUUCCUCCAUGCCCUCGUGGAACGGAAAGAACGAUCAGAUGUUCACCAAUCCCAACCUAGAGCGCGACCUCAAGCAUUCCCAUGUCCGCAAUGGCCAGCCUACUCCACCUCCAUAUGGUGACAACAAGUCUCACACGGUCGGUGAUCUGUACUCGCUGUCUCAGUGCCAAUUCACCAACGGAGCACAAACUUUCCAGACCCAUGGCGAUCGUAGAAGCUUCUGUGAGCAGUCGGCCGUGAACAGCCACGGCGGCAGCUCCAAACGUCGCAAGGUUCGCGAUUCCAAGAUGUCCCAGGCCGAGUACGACGAACAGCAGCAGGAGAAGGCGAAGCGGGAGAAGUUCCUGGAACGCAACCGAUUGGCCGCCAGCAAAUGCCGGCAGAAGAAGAAAGAGCAUACACAGCUUCUCGAGUCGCGAUACAGGGAGCAGUCCGACAAGAAGGAGCAACUGGUGUCUGAGAUUGCCCGCCUGCGCUCGGAGAUCCUGGGACUGAAGAACGAAGUCCUGAAGCACGCUCAAUGCGGAGACGAGCCUAUCAAGCUCCAUCUGGCGCAGAUGGUGAAGAAGAUCACCUACAACGACACCGCGGCCCCGGAGUUGACCGACGUGGCGGAUGCCGCAUCGUCUUCGGAAGGACCAAUGACCCCACGACCUCAGCAGGCACUGUCCUUUGGCUUUGAUGACCCGCUGCAUCUGGAACCAUCCCGUUCCGGCGAGUCCCUGGACCAGUCCGUCCGUCGGGACUCGGAGGCUUCGGUCCUGACGGAGAACUCUUAUGCCUUUUCGACCGACGACAGCUUCGACGAUUUGAUCAACGUUUGA